GUUUGUUGUUGUGUUUAAAGAGUGGAUUUAAAGUUAAAGUGCAAGAUAUUUUAAUAUAUUUAAAGUUAUGUAUCCUAAGCCAGAGAUUGUCUUGAGAUUUAAUGACAGUGACGAAAAGCAAAAAGAUGUAAGCGAGAUUGUUAAGAGUUUGAUAAAGUUAACGUGUCCCACUCUAACUUUCCAAUGUCGUGGUAGGAGCGGAGAAGGACAUGAGACCUUAGCUUGGUACCCAGAACCUGUCCUUCCAGACCUUGAUGCUGAGUUUACAGACCUAGAGCUGGGGCUAGGACCCCGUAAAUCUCAGGACACUGUGUCUCUGGGGUCUGCCCUGGAGAGGAUGUCUGUAUCUCCUACUACUGAGAGUGCUAUGAGUGGGGUCAGUGGGCACAGUGACAAGGCUAUGAGUGGGGUCAGUGGGCACAGUGACAAGGGUGUGGAGGAGGACUGCUCUCUGCAUGCUUCCUUCCUAACUGAAGCUGCUUCUCUGUUCAAUGAAAUGGGUAGAAAGCUGAGCAGUAUCAGUGAUUCAAUGAGUGAUCACAGUAGCAAGAUAAGUGAUCACAGCUGCAAGAUGAGUGAUCACAGUAGCGGAGGGCUGGGUGAUGAGAGCAGUGGAAUGAGCGAAGUGAGCCAACCACACUCUAGUUACACCACCAGCUCGGGUGUGGUGGUGUUAAGUCAGGAGAAUGGUUCUCCGGAGGACUGGGAUAAGGAUACCAGAGAAGUUGUAUACGAACCUGCUGCUGGACCUGCUGUUCAACCUGCUGUUCAACCUGCUGUUCAACCUGCUGCUGAACCUGCUGCUGAACCUGCUGCUGAACCUGCUGUUCAACCUACUGUUCAACCUGCUGUUAAUAUUCAGGCGCAAGAGAGACCUGAGAUAAUUGAUUCAAGAUUAGUUGCCAGUCUGCCUCAAGGUAGCGUCUCUAUUGAAACACAAGGAAAUGUUCACGAAAGACCGGAGCUGACCGUGGUCAUACACCUCUCCAAUCCAGCGAGAGAUCACUUGGGAUGGAAAGCGGAGGAGGAGGAAAGGAGGAAGCGUAUGCCACUGAAGAACCUGCUAGUCUCUGAGAACCAAGCUAUGAGGUGUGAUACACCAGAAGAUAUCAACUUUGCUGCUAAAGCUGAUCAGGGCCAGGAGAGGAUGAAGAGGAAGUCAGGGAAUCCUCCACGAUUAUUAAAAUAAAGGUAUAAUUAUUGGAACCCUUAGUUCAGAACUCUAUAUCUUAGAACAUAGAACUGUUAUAAUUAGCUCUGGGAAUUUUAUCUUUCUGUUAAGUGA